CGAUCUCUCCCUUGAGAGCUUAAUCUUUCCUACCAUACAUUUCUUAUAAUGGCUGCUAAUGCUAAACGCUCCACUGGCACAACAAGUCGAAAACAAAUCUCGAAAAAUUCCCCUAUGAAACGCCUCGCUGACCUCCGGCAGGAAACAAAAAUCAAUACUACAACUAACAUACGAGCAGUGAAUACUGUAAAGAAGUAUGCGGAGGUCGUAAAGCGGGGCCGUACAUGGCUAGAGGAGUUCUUGAAUGAAGAGGAGAAGGCAAAAGGCUGUUGUGAAGAUGGCAAAGAAGACGAGGAUCGUGAGGAAGAUAACAAUGACGAGAAUGUGGAAAUUGCGGACAACAGUAAAGCUAAUCCAAAAAUGGCUACUGAUCUUCGAGGCUGUCUUGAUGGAAAACCGAACCAGAAUACCCCAGAAGCCAUCGCCUUAUUUAUGUCGUGGAAAUGUUACAAUGAAGGCAGGAAGGCUGCAACAGCAAAUCAGAUUCAUGCCGCAUUCAAAUAUCAUUAUACUCAUUUAAAUGGUGACAAGUAUCGUGGUGCAUGGCGAUAUAACGAAGCUCUUCAGGAGUGGGUCGGAAACCCCUGUGAUUCUGCCCAAGUCGGAGACCUACACGAAGGGUGUAAACGCAAAGAUGGUGAAGCUGAGCGACGUCAUUCCACACCUGCCAGUAUUAUCAUCAUGCAACGGCUUUAUGCGUUCUCGAUUUCUACUUGUCCCGAUAACUAUCUGGUCGUUGAUGCGCAAUCACUUGCCUUCAAGACUCGUCACUUACGAUUUCGUGCCUAUUCAUCUCUGGGAUUCACUAUAUGGACAAGUGAAACAUCUGGUCUUCAAGCAAAACAUAUUGACCGUAAUCCACUUCCACGACCUGGUGCAACUCCAAGUGAUCCUCCAUUCAUUCAAGUCAAUUUAAGGGAUCGUAAAAAUUGGCAGAAAAAGCAAGCAAAGAAUGAGACUCAGCUGAAUGGACAUCGCUACAAUUUAUACCCUCAGAAGAUUCGGGCAAUAUGUGCCUAUACUCAUGUCUCAGUAUGGAUGGACUUUAGCGAGAAGCACAUUCUCAGGAGAAAGUACGAACCCGAGGAUUACAUUUUUCCAAACAUCAACGCAAAUGGUAUCACUGUUCAGAAUCAACCAGUAACACCUGAAGCUGUUCAGAAAAUGAUUGAUGAGUUCACGUCAUCUGCCGGUGUGCCAGGUGCAUUCACGACUCACUGCUUUAGGCGUGGAGGUGCACAGUAUCGCUUCAUGUUUGCACCAAUAGGUGAGCGCUGGACCCUUGCUCGAAUACGAUGGUGGGGCGGCUGGGCACCGAAUGAGAAGUGUGAUACCUUGAUACGGUAUCUAUUGGAUGAGUUGAAUACAUAUGAAGAGGAUCACAGCGACGCUCUUGCCCCAAUUGACCGAAGAGCUUCCGAGUCUCAUGCUGGCGAGGCCGCUGAGAUGAGUCCUGUAUCUGCCGCUGAAUGUCGAAGCCUUUUCCAAACUCAGUCCUUGGCUACAGAUUGCCAGUAUCGCCUCACCAAUAUUCCUCCGAAAUUUCCACACUCUUCUUUUCUGCCUAUUCGUAACACACAAAUCCCUUCGAGUCUGAUCUACUCUUCCGCUUCAUUUGUCCCAGUUGUGGGAGAUCACCAAACAACAUAUAUACAGGCUGCAUCAUCGUCUACAACACAAUCCUCAUUCUUACCUGAUCUCACCCAUGUACCGACUAUCCCGAAUAUACGACCUGGUCCUGAUGGAUGGAAACAGGUUGUCCGUGACUGGGAUCAUGCAGACCCCAGUCGUAACCACCACUAUGCACUUAGAAAUUGGAAGCCGGAAUGGGCCAAGGAAAUGAAGCUUGCAUCCAUUUAUAACAAGCGCAAGCUUAUUGCAACUGAAUUCAUCGAAGAGUUUGAGCGUGAUGAAGAGAGAUUCAAGCUUGCAUAUCCCUCAUACAAGAAGGGAAUCGAACAGUUGUUACAUGAGAUUCGUAAGUCUCGUCAAGAUCGAGGCCUCAUCAAACAGCGUAGAGGCAAGCAUUUGCGAAACCUUGAUUAA